AUGCAAGCUGCUGCAUUCUCACCCGCCUCAAACGUAAACACAUUCUCAUCUGUAUCCGACCGCCCGUCGCAUCCGUCAUCUCCUGCAGCAAAGACAAGGGACUCUAGGUCUAGCCUCGACAUAUUCCUUGGCCGGCGCCGGCUUGUACCCCCGCCGCCACCUCAGCCUACUGCUGUGCUCUCGUGGCUCUGCAGUGCUACGGCACUCAACCUUUUCGCUGGCGACACUCAACAACGACGGGACCUGUUGGUGCCAUCAUACGCGGUUGAAUAG